AUGCAGAUCAACUUACCCACUCGGCCGGCUCCAGCCUGCCAUGCACAAUCCGAGCAGGGCGAUCGGAUCCUGGAGGCUAUCGAGAGACUCGAGCAGCGCAUGAAAGCGAGCGAAGCAAACGCGAUGGCUCGGCUCAUUAACUCCCACGUCUGGCUCAUGGACGAGCCCAUAGAGCCUCUUUGUUCGGUGCUCACAGGCGAGCUGAUCCCAGACUUUCCACGUUCGGUCAAGGAGAUUGAGGAUCUGGACAUGGAGCAGGUCGAUGCGAUUCUGGAUCAUCUGCAGGUUUACAACGAUGGGGAUCUUGAGGAUGGGAAGAAAAAAAUCCAAGCCUGUUGCGGCGUUAUCUCCGAAUGUGGACACAGGGAGGACUUUGGGAAUGAUUGGAAUAACUACGGAGGAGGCGUCGAGGAGGACGGUGGUGAACCUCUGGGGUGGGAUCAGCCAUGGGAGCCCCGUGGAUGGUUUUACGGGGAGAACGACAAGAAGUAUUAUGAGUGGGACAAGGGUGAAGGGACUGAGUGGAACAAUGGUGAAGAGACUGAGUGGAACAAAGUUGAAGGCGCUGGGUGGAGGUAUGGCGAUGGCAUUGAGGAGAGCCCUGGUGCAGUUGGUUGGUGA